GUAGUAUCACAACUCUGCUCAGCUCAAUCAUAGCGCAAGGUUCAAUCCACGAAAUUCCGACGGUCAGAUCAGGAAGCUUCCAUGUCUCGGGUAUUUCAGCCCCCCACAGUGCCUGGUAACCGGAGAUCAAAAUUAGGGGCUGUCGUACCAGGACUAUCAUGACCUCCACUAUCGCUCUGCGGCAAAGGUCUUUCUCCCACAAGGUACGCACUGGCUGUCUGACCUGCAAGAAACGUCGGAUAAAGUGCGAUGAAAGGAAACCCAAAUGUGGGAAUUGUACAAGGGGAAAACACACUUGUCUUGGUUACGAAGUUUCCAAAGCCAAGAUCUUUUCCAUUGAAACGACCUCGGAGGGAGACCAAACCAGCCGAGCUAGCAAGCAAACGGUCCAAAAGAGCCCGCCUAACUUGGCGUCAAUUCAGCCAGUCUUCGGCACCAAAGAAGAGACGCAAUAUCUCGAGCACUGGCUACUGAGCACAUCUGCCAUGCUCUCCCAUUAUGGGCCGAUGGGUGACUUUUAUACUGUGGUUGUUCCGCAGUUCGCCUGGCAAUCUCCAGCGGUGAAGCACAUGCUCGUUGCUCUAUCAAUGACCCAUGCGAAAUUCGUCAGAGGAGUGGCCUCUGCAUCGGGCGAAACCAAAUCCCAAGCACUCUUGCACUAUGUCUCAGCCAUCACAGAGAUCCGACUUCGCAAACUCUCCCAGCUUCAGGUUUUGGUCGCUGCUCUUCUUGCCUGGACUUUGGAAAUGAUGCAAAACAAUUUUGAUGCGGCACUGGUCCAUCUGAAAGCAUCGGUCCAACUGUUGCAAAAUUACGAUUCGCUGCAGUGGCGCGACGGUACGAGAAUUGUACAAGAGGCUCUACGACCAGGUUGUAUGCUCGCAGAAGGGCUUACCGCCAUUGUUUUGCGCAAAGGCCAAGCUACCAAACAAGUCGAACCCGAAUACCGCGACCAUCUAACUUUGCCCUUCGAUGGUCCCUGUUUCACGUCGAUGGCGGAAGCACGGAUCGAGAUCUGCGCCAUCAUCGAAAGUAUUGCUUCUUUGACGCAGAGUCCGGCGCAGAAAAACACCCUUGAGGAUAUAGAAGUGUCACUGAGCCACUGGCUUGACAGUGUCCGCAAAUGGGAUCAAGAGUCCACGCCAUCAGCGUCCUUGACCGGGCUCAUCCUACUUUUCCACAUUGCGAUGGCAUUGCUUCCUGAGCAUGAUGUUGCAGGUUUCAGCUAUUCUGCCAAUCCUGCCAUGGUCGACUUCGUGGUAGAACGAGCAUCAAUCUUGCUGACCAUCGGUAACAUGAGAGAAGAGCACAAGGUGGAUGUGAUGGAGAGCGUGCAACAAGUGCUUGGAUUUGUGGUUCGCUUCUUUCCUAAAGCUUCGAGUCGCGACGAAGCUCAGGCGAUGCUGCAACGUCUUUGCGCCGAUGAGACGGAGAUGAGCGAACCAAACAUUGCCCGGAAUCCACUUCCAAAUCUCCCAGGUAUAGUUCCAUGAAUCAUAUCAACAUGAAGUUUACGAACGUCAAAGUAAUGGCACAACACCUCUUAUCGGUCCAUCUGCAGAGCCCGCAACCGGGAGGCCUACUUUUUCUCCCUCUCGAAAACAUUUCCGUACGUCGCCUGCAAUCUGGCGCUCAGAUAGUCGCCUGACGUGAGUGUUUUCAUUCCCUCGGCAUUGAGAACACCGCCUCCAUGUCCGAUGACCUCUUUCUGGAAGCUUGCUGCCCUAUCCGCGACCAGCGGCGAAGGCAUGGGGGUCAGUUUGGUGUCCUCAUGAGGCUGCACAAAUAUGGCAAUUGAAAAGCGGUCGGACCCGAUACCGGUAUCGGUAUGGCUGUUUGAAGAGGUCUGUUCACCAGAGGGUGUUGUCAAGAUGACACGAUGAAUUGUUGAUCUCAGUAAGCCAUUGGUCCAAUAGCUCAGCAAGUCUCCAAUGUUUACGACAAUCGGGGGAAAUGACUUGGAAUGGUAGUUUGGCGGGAAGAUAGGUACACCCGCCCAGUCUCCGUUCGGUUUCAAUAUCUCCAGGCCAGGCUGCUCAGGCCGAGUGAAGAGAAGGGUGAUGCUCCCGUAGUCAGAAUGUGCACCCGCUCGAAUGUCGGCUUCAGCGUCGUAGUCAGUAUCGGAAGGUAGUGUAGGAUAGUAUAGGAAUCGAGAAGUGUUUGGAGAGUUGUCGUGGGUACGAGCUAUCCAGUCGACAUCA